CCGCUGUCAGCUGGUUCUUACGGAGGAGUCUCGGGGAGUAAGAGUGCAAAGCCGGCCGCGCGGACCGCGGGCGGAGUUGGGUCGCCGCGCGGGGGAGGGGCGGGCGGCGGUCGGCGCUGGGCACCUCGGGGACCUGAAGCGCGACAAGGAGUCGGCGCGCUCGGAGCUCUCGCUUCCGCGGAGGCUGCGUCUGGUUCUCGGCGAAGGGCCUAGGAGGUCCAGUAGGCGGAACCCACCGGUCUCUGGGCCCAGAGUCCCCAGAGGCCCACAGCGCCCAGACUGUUUUGCCAACCAUGGCAUCUGGAGAUGACAGUCCUAUCUUUGAAGAUGACGAAAGCCCUCCUUACAGCCUGGAAAAAAUGACAGAUCUUGUAGCUGUUUGGGAAGUUGCUUUAAGUGAUGGAAUCCAUAAAAUUGAAUUUGAACAUGGGACCACAUCAGGCAAACGAGUGGUGUAUGUAGAUGGGAAGGAAGUGAUAAGAAAAGAAUGGAUGUUCAAAUUGGUGGGCAAAGAAACCUUCUGCGUUGGAGCUGCAAAGACAAAAGCAACCAUAAAUAUUGAUGCUGUCAGUGGUUUUGCUUAUGAAUAUACUCUGGAAAUUAAUGGGAAAAGUCUCAAGAAGUAUAUGGAGAACAGAUCAAAAACCACCAAUACUUGGGUAUUACAUUUGGAUAGUGAGGACUUUAGAGUUGUGUUAGAGAAAGACACUCUGGACGUGUGGUGCAAUGGUAAAAAAAUGGAGACAGCGGUCCUUUUGGUGAAAAACAAAAAGAGAUGAAGUAAUCCUGACUCCAGAAUCUGAAGCCCUUUCCUGCGCAGUGCCUGGGGUAGUGAGAGUUUGGAAACAACUCAUCUUGUGAUUGGCACCAGCCUCGGACCCUGCAUGUCCUCUCCUGGACCAUCCUCUAUCCUAAAAAGAUCUAGCCCACAUUUUAAAAAUUCCUUCCCAAAGGCUGCAUCCUCCUGUGUUUAUCCUGGUUAAAGUGGUGCUUUAUACUACUGUUUCUCAAAUUUGCAUGCACAGAAUCAUCUCAGAUCUUGCUAAAAUCAUAUUCUAACAUGUCCUCAGGUGAUGCCCAAGUUGCUGGCCCAUGGUCAUACUAUUCAUCUGAAUAGGAACGCUUUACACCAUACACUCAAAACAGAUGGUACUUUUUAAAAGCAAAGGUUAUGAAAAAGAAACGAAGCACACAUGUCAGAUGAGACAAAGGCAAACAGGAAAGGGCACUGUAACAAACCCCAGAAGACAAGUGGAAUUUGUAGACUAGCAGUGCUGAGAGGCUGCCCCACUCGUUGUAGCCGAGAAAACCCUAGUGUGUUGGACUUUUGCUGCCUUGCACUGUUAUGGCUGUGGUGGGAUGAGUAUAGACGUGAAUUUCAAGUAGGUAGGAUAUAAUCAUGGUGUGCACAGCACAAGGAGGAAGUGAAGCAGAGGAGACGGUCCUGGACACCAGGCAGUGUGGGCCUAGGAACUGGAAUCACUGGGGGGAAAUAGCCACGUGUUAUGGGAUCAGCUGGCAAGUAGGGCAUACCAUCCUGGGUGUCCCCUUUCAUGCUGACUUCAGUUGUGACACCAGGGCUAGAGAUGAUGAAAAGCACGAGCUCUCUCUGCCGGCAUACUGUAGCUAGCUACCCAUUGUGGUUGCUGCUAUUACCUUCUUUAUCUGUUGUAGGUCUCGGAGGGUGAGGAGAUGUCCUUGGAGGGAAGGCCUGGAAUGAAUUUAUUCAGUAGACAAGCUAGAAUCUGCUGGGCCUUGCAACUGCUUCUAAGGAAGUGCACAAGCCAGAAAUCAAAAGUUACAAAGAUUAAUGUGUUUCUGUUUCUUAAUCCUGAUAUUAAUUCUUGAAGGGAAAUGCAACCAGGGUUCACUCAAAAUUGAACAUCAGCAUUUGAGCCACCCUCCAGUUCCAUCUACCCAUUGAGACUUUUAUGCAGAGAGGCUUAGUGAGCUCUUCAGUAUUUUACGGCCUGUUUUGGACCAGAUUCAGUUACCAUUAACAUGGAUUGGGUGCCCGAUGCCAUACCUGGUGGCCCUUUCUGUUCUUUCUGUCCUACCAUGGAAAUUUCUAGAUGGAGAGUCAGCAGUUUGGGGUCACAUUCCCUCCAACCCUCCAGGAAUUCUCCCGUGCAAAAGUAGCAUUGUUUCAAGAAUGUGGUUGUAAAUAAGCAAGAAGUUGAAAUAAUGUCCAUCCACAAUGUCUUUGUUCCUGACUGACAAGAAGCCACAAGUGUUUGGACAAUGCCUCUCUCUCACCCAGUUGUCUCCUCCUUGUAGCUGCAGCCUAGUUGGCGAGGUAGUUUUGGCAGCCCUGUGUCGGGCAGCCUCCCCAGCACUAUGCACACCUGCUCUCACUGCCUGUGAGCUGCAGCUUUUUUUCUCCAUUUCCUUUUCAUCUCAAAGCAUCAUGACCAGAUUAUGUAUCUGUCAAAUUGCCAAGAAGCAACUUACAAGGAUUGUAUCACUCAACCCUUGCUCUCCUCUCUAAAUUGAUUUUGACAGAAGUAUGCCCUAAAGGCUUUUUUCAAAGCCCAAUGUGAAAAGGGCUAAAAGAAUACACUGGACUCCAGGAUCAGCACCCCACCCCUAGUCCUUGUGCUCGGUACACAUCCGUGUUGGCCAGAUUCUUCCCAGAGAAAAAGAAAAAGAUUCCCUCUCCGAUGCCUCCUGUGCUUUCUUUGGUUAGAUAAUGUUAGCAACCGGACGGGGCCUUGCUCUGUCUGCUUUGGCUGCCAGUAAGCUCAUAGCCAAGUUGUACGUCUGAUAGUGCUUCUUUUGCUUCUUGGCAUAAUUCAUUAAUUCAUUUUUAUCCUCUUAGCCUCAUGCUCUUCCUUACUUUUCUGUGCUCCUUGGCCCCUAUCUUUUUACUCUAAAUCAGUGCUGUUCAACAGAAAUAUAGUAUGAGCCACAGAUAUGAGCUUCAUAUAUAACUUUUCUAAUAACCACAUUUCAAAAGUCUUAUGGUGAAGUUCUUCUUAAUAAACAUUUAAGUCACUGUAUCAAAAAUAUUAUUAUUUAAAAUGUAAUAAAUAUAUAAAUUUUCCAAUGAGUUUUUUUUAACCAUUCUUUGUUUCAUACUAAGUCUUCCAAAUCCACUGUAUAUUUUCCCCUAUAAUAGUGUAUCUCAUUUCAGACUCACCACAUUCCAUGCGUGAUUGCCACCUGUGGCCAGGGGCUGUUGUACCAUAUACACCAAGUCUAGACUCAGUUCAGUUCAGUUGUUCAGUCGUGUCCAACUUUUUGUGACCCCAUGGACUGCAGCACGCCAGGCUUCCCUGUCCAUCACCAACUCCCAGAGCUUACUCAAACUCAUGUCCAUCGAGUCGG